GCUGCGGAGAAGGAGGAAGAGGAUGAGGAAGAGGGAGACUGGUGGAACAAAUUCUACGCGGCCAUGGGGGACACUGCAAAGAGCCACCGGGGGACACACAGGGACAGCCUGAAGGUCUACAGCUGCGAGCUGGAGGCGGUGCCUGAAUUCGAGGGGCUGCAGGAUUUCUGCCAGACCUUUCCUCUCUACCAGCCGGGGGGGCCGCUGGGGGCUGGAGAGGACCCCAUGCCCGUGGGUGAGUUCAAGGGGCUUUUCUGUCUCUACCCCCUGCCCGAGGACCCCGGGGUGCCCCCCCCGCCGCGCCACUUCCAGGAGCUGCCCCCCAGCCAGCCCCAGAAGUGCCUGGUGCGUGUCUACAUCGUCCGUGCCUUCGACCUGUCCCCUCGUGACCGGAACGGGCUGUGUGACCCCUACGUCCGUGUCUCGCUGGGGGCGAAGACGCUGGGCCAGCGGGACCAGUAUGUGCCCAACACCGUGGAGCCAGUUUUUGGCAG